GUACACCUCCCAGGGGUCUGUGCGCGCCGCCAGGGAACGGGUCUUGUGGCUUUGUCUCCCGCGAAGAGGAGAUGGCGGAGUCGUUGAGGUCUCCGCGCCGCUCCCUGUACAAACUGGUGGGCUCGCCGCCUUGGAAAGAGGCUUUCCGGCAGAGAUGCCUGGAGAGAAUGAGAAACAGCCGGGACAGGCUCCUAAACAGGUACCGCCAGGCUGGAAGCAGUGGGCCAGGGAAUUCUCAGAACAGCUUUCUAGUUCAAGAGGUGAUGGAAGAAGAGUGGAAUGCUUUGCAGUCAGUGGAGAAUUGUCCAGAAGACUUGGCUCAGUUGGAGGAGCUGAUAGACAUGGCUGUGCUGGAGGAAAUUCAACAGGAGCUGAUCAACCAAGAGCAGUCCAUCAUCAGCGAGUAUGAGAAGAGCUUGCAGUUUGAUGAAAAGUGUCUCAGCAUCAUGCUGGCUGAGUGGGAGGCAAACCCACUCAUCUGUCCUGUAUGUACAAAGUACAACCUGAGAAUCACAAGCGGUGUGGUGGUGUGUCAGUGUGGCCUGUCCAUCCCAUCUCAUUCUUCUGAGUUGACAGAGCAGAAGCUUCGUGCCUGUUUAGAGGGUAGUAUAAAUGAGCACAGUGCACAUUGUCCCCACACACCUGAAUUUUCAGUCACUGGAGGAACAGAAGAAAAGUCCAGUCUUCUCAUGAGCUGUCUGGCCUGUGAUACUUGGGCUGUGAUCCUCUAGAGGCAGCUUGGACUCACAUCAUUCUAUGGGGUUGAAGACAACUCAUUCCCUCUGAGGAGCCUUGUACAUACAAGCCUUUUAUUUAUAACUUAUUUUGUAUUGAAACUUUUAAACAAUACUGAAGAAAAAAAAACUUUUCCGACAUCUGUUCUUGGUUUUUGUGACGCAGGUUGAAGGGGGAGGAAUAGAAAAAGACAAACUGCCUUGGAGGAGAUAAACCAAUUUUAUGUCUAUCAUGUUAUACAAAAAUCUAGAAAUAAUAGAUUUGUACAGAAAAAAAUGAUAAUAAAUGAGAGCACAAAACAUAUAAUUUAAA